AUGAGCACAGAACUCAAGAUUCUCUCCUUCAAUGUCUGGGGCCUUGCCUUUGUCACCAAAGACAGGCCAGCGCGACUGGCGGCCAUAGCCGCUUACCUCGCCCAGGCUGACUACGACAUUGUCUGCUUGCAAGAGAUCUGGAUCCACAAGGAAUUUGAGAGCAUGCGACAGGACGUGCAAGGGAACUACCAGUACUCCAGGUUCUUCCACACUGGAGCACUGGGCUCGGGCCUGGCGGUCUUCUCGCGACUGCCCAUUGUCGAGACCAAGGCUCUCCCCUAUUCACUGUCAGGACUGCCUUCUGAGGUGAUUGCUGGCGACUUCUUUGUGAACAAGGCAGCAGCAAAGGCGGUCGUUCUUCACCCCGAGCUGGGAGAGAUUGAGAUUUGGGAUACCCACAUGCACGCUGCUGGCGAGGAUGGUCCUCAGACGAGGCAAGCACACCGUAUGGCCCAAGCAUGGCAGCUGGCCACUGAGGUUCGCCGUGGUGCUGCUUGUGGCCGCUACGUCUUCUGUAUGGGCGACUUCAACUCGCAACCGUUCUCGGUCCCCAUUGCGCUCAUGCGGACGUACGGCGGGCUGCGCGACUCCUACCUCGAGACGCACCUGCAGGCCAAUGAUGCGCCUCCCAUGAAUAUCUCAGCCUCGAACGCCAUUGCCUCGCUGGGCAUGACUUGCGACUCGUCUAUCAACACGUACUCGGCCGGAAAGAACAUUCCACCCAUCAUCCAGGCCCAGGGCGGCAAGCGUCUGGACUACAUCUUCUUCCGUGAAGGCCGUGGUUCAACACAUCGCGUGCGCUGUACCAGCUCGGAUGUGGUCCUUACUGGUCUUGUCCCGGGCCAGUCGUUUAGCUACUCGGACCACUUUGGUCUCACGUCGACAUUCAAGUUUGAGCCCGCGUCAGGCGGUAGCACAGCGAGCACAGGCGGCGCUGGCGAGACAUCGGCGGCGUCGGCUCCUUCAAGCCAAGCUCGUCUGCUUCCAUUGGAUGAUGAGAGUGCCUCUGGGCCACCCUCCCCCACCUCAGCGUACGAGCUUCACCGCGUGCCGUCAUCUGACUCCACGGCCAGUGCAAUCCGUCACUCUCUCGCUUCCAUUCGCGACUAUUACCACCUCGCAGGCAAGAGGACAUUGCGGUUCGAGCAAUAUAUGGUGCUGUGCAUUGUCGGAAUGGUCGCCCUUGCGGUGGGGUCAGCAUGGCAGCCCAAGUCGUGGAUCCAGCCAAUCUUUACACUCGUGGCAUUUGCGCUCGGUGCGGCCGGUGCCACGUUCUUGUACACUGGCUGGCUGUGGGGCCGUUGGGAAAAGGGAAUCCUGGACGAGACCAUGGCGGAUAUGGAGCUGCAGCUCCGGGCACUCCAGCACGGGUCAUAG